UUAGAUUUUUCAUGUAUUCCUUACACAUUUAAAUUAAGGAAAAGGGGCAUUGAAACAGCUUCAUCAUCAUGCACACAGGACAUCCAUUGGCUAUUUAUAUCGGUGUCAGCAAAGACAUGUUUACAGUGUCAAAGUCUGACUAGUGCCAUGUGUGAUGAUUUUGAUACAAUGCCAAUGACUAUCACCAGAGGAUUCUCGUCUGUGAAAGGACAGAACUUAGCAACAUUGUUUGAUGUCCACGUCAAACACAAACUGAAAGAGGUCAUAGAAAUGACUGAACUUCAAGGAAGUGCUAGCUAUUACAGUGCACAUUGGAGGCAUAUACGGUGGAUUACCGGUAUUUCAUCAGCAAAGCAUAUGGAAAUGAGGAAAACCACAGCUGGGAUAUGCGAAAGACAGAACAUUUUUGGAAAUACUGCAGGCAAAGAGUUGUAUGCCUUGGUUCUCGCCGAGUUUUCGGAAUGGAAAAUUAAAUCAAUACAGCGAUUGGGAUUUACACAUAGACACUAUUUGACAGUCAAAGACAGUAUCAAUAAUUCCAAGCUACAGACAACACUAGACAAAAUGAUGUCUCAGAAUAUGAACAGUGGUACAAGAUAUUUCAAAGAUGUUUUGUUUGUGGAAGCUGAAAUCUUAGUUGUUUCUCACAUCAAGAAGAUAACUGUACCUGAAGCUGACAGGCUACUUCAUCCUUUGCCGAGUUUGAAGCGCUAUAAUUCCUAUAACUGCUAA